AAUGGAACUUGUGGAAAAGUUUUGGAUCGGAUGAUAAUGUAGAUAUUUUCACGAUUUUGUCAAGUGGCAAUUAAUUUAUUGUCCUUGAGUUGGUGUACAUCGUUUACUGCUCGUUGAUGAAAUGAUAGGUAAAAGAAAUUGUCCUGGCUGCAAACCACACUUUUUACAGACGCUAAGGUAACCAAUAAAUACGAGAUCAAUGAACGAACUUGCUCCACCAGCAACCUCAGCCAUGGCUGCGCGUAAAGGAAGCGCAGAAAAGCUCACAACCAUUGCCCACACGCGCAUUGAGGACAAGUCCAUGAUUGAAGAAAGUUAUUCUAUAGGAGAGAAGCUGGGCCAAGGGACAUUUGGGAAGGUGUAUGCUGCCACGCAUAAAGACACCAAGGUCAAAUGGGCCAUCAAAUCGGUUAACAAGGAAAAAGCCGGUGGACCUGCUAUAAAGUUACUGGAAAGAGAAGUAGCCAUUCUGAAACGUGUGAAUCAUGAACAUAUUAUCCGCCUCAAUGAAGUCUUUGAAACUGCUGAGAAAAUGUUUUUGGUGAUGGAAUUAUGUCAAGGUGGAGAGCUAGCAGAUGAACUUAAGAAGAGAGGCUAUUUCUCCGAAUCAGAUACUAAAAAUUUAAUGCAAAAACUAGCAAGUGCAAUUUCCUAUCUUCACAAAAAUGACAUCGUUCACCGUGACUUAAAACUGGAAAAUAUUUUACUUAGUCAAAAUCCAAAUGACCCAACUGAUAAACUACAUAUCAAGGUGACAGAUUUUGGAUUAUCAGUGGUGAAGGGAGGUGCAGGUCAUGAAAACAUGAUGCAAGCAUUCUGUGGUACCCCAAUUUACAUGGCCCCAGAGAUCCUCGAUAACAGGAGUUACAGCCAGCAGUGUGAUGUCUGGGCCAUGGGGGUAAUCAUGUACCUCUUAUUAACAGGCAGGCCUCCAUUCACUGCUAAGGACGAUGAUACACUAUAUGAGCUUAUCAAGAAAGGUGAAGUGGAUUUCAGUGAUGAAUUGUGGGUGACUGUUAGUGAUGACGCCCAAAACAUUAUUGUGGGAAUGUUGAAUGUAGAUCCAGCUCAUCGACUGACAGCUCAUGAAGUUUUGGACCAUAGUUGGUUUACAGGACAGAAACGGGAGACGAGAAAUGCCCUAGCCUUGAUGAAAGAAUGGAAGGAUGAGCUGAGGCUGGAAUCCCAACAGCCCACUGACAGUAGUGCAAUAAACGGAGAGUCGGCGGAUACAUCUGAGGCAGAAUACCCAAACGUUCCACUGGACACAACAGAUACUACUGAACCCAAGGUGGAAACAGAGAAAACUGAAAGUGAAAGUCAUCAAUCAGAGAGCACUUUAAAGCCUGGCAAUUCCUCUCCAGUCCAGUCUGUGAAAAAGUCCCCAAGUUCAAGAUUGCCUCUUUCCCGAAAAAGUCCUGGACUAAGCAGUCACAACAUAGGAAAAUCUUCAGGGAAGAGGUCGCCACCAAUAGCUAAUUCUUCCUCGAAUAGGGCCACAACCUUACACGCUGGAAAACCUGCCCCAACUCGCAGCUCCGUGAAGCUGGGCACACCCACAUCUAAGUCUGUACUAACAUCCAAAGCAACAGGCAAGAAGAAAUAGCAGGGUCUUAUCACUUCACUGAGAAAGUUGUUGAAAAUGAACUCUAAUCACAAGCUGUACUGCUGUCGUGGUGACAACAUGCCAAGCUGGGCAUGCUGCUUUCCCAUAGGUGGGACAUCCCAAGCUGUAGCAAGUAUGCAGCACUCUCAUUGAUGCCACAUUGUCAUCCUUGAAUGCUGAACUCCUCAAAACAGAGCUGUGUUAACUGGGUUUUGCAGUUUCAGUUGGUAUGAGCAUGGUUUCUUGCUUGACCCUAACUCCUUAUACAUUUUCAACUCCUACCCCCAUAGCCACUGUUGCUUACUUAUUAGCCUAUCAUCACUUGAAAUCCCUGUAGGAACCCCAUACAUGAGGACUUUAAGACUGUUCCUGACCAUGUUGUGUCAGUUUUGAUAAAGGAUUUAUUUAAAUAUAAACCACUGCAAAAACUCCUACCAGUUUUGAGUGGUUCAGAAAACUUUGACUUAGGAAACACAAGGCCAACCAUUAUUAACAAGUCGAGGUUUUCGAGAUAAAUGAAGUUCAUGUAUGAAUAAAAUUGUACUAAAGUACUAAAGUCAGAAAGUUUUCCAAAUCUUGCAUGUUCCUUCCAAGACCUACAUGAAAGCAUUGUGCCAGGCAACGCACCAGUCACACUUUACACUCUGAAAUCAGUAGCUUUAAGCAAGUUUUAUCUCAGAACACUGCAAGUCUCGGAAACAUACCCGGAAAUAUACCUGCCAAUAAAAAUGUCAAGUACAUGCAGAGUCAUCUUCCUUUCACCUUCCUGCCAUGUAAGGCAAUCAGUAGGCAAGGGAAUCAAACUUACUGUUAUACAAACAUACAAAUAACCUAUUUUUGGGGAGUAGCAGAUCACUGGCCUAAAUUUGACUUUCUUGAAAGCCAGUAAUCAUUGGAAAAUGUAGUACCUUGUUACCCGUGGAUGUAUUUCUAGCUCCUAACUCCACCAUUGUGACCGUCUAUCAGUCAAGGCAUGAGGAUUUAGAUUUUGUCCCUUCAUGAUCUCAUAAUCUGGGUGUUCAUACAAAGCUGACGUCUGUACCCUUGUUGCACCGCUAAUUGUAGAAGGCCCUGCUGUCCUGAUGUUACAUGGCACAACUGAUUAAGCUUUAUUUUUGUGUGCGUAUAAUUUACCAUUUUAUAAUGGACAGUAUUAUCUCUGAAGAUGUCUCCAUGUGUGUAGGAAAUGCAUCAGUGCAAAAUGUUAUUUGCUUCAAACACUUGCAAGUGUCCAACCAAUAGAAGUUGACAUUUCCCACUGACCACAAUGUAAUUCCAAUGGCAUCGUCAUGAUAGUGAUAUUAUCCAUUCAGUAUAUUUUUCCUCAAGGAGUGGUCCAAACCAAACAAACUGCAUUCCACAAACUGAUGAUAAAUUAUCUAUUUUUAUGUAUAUAAGUUACAUAGUUGCAGAUAAGAUGUGCAGAACUCAUAUAAAUUUUGACUAAUUUUUAAGAUGGUUACUAUGCAUAAGUGAGUUCCUGCCAGUUGUUAGAAUCAUGUUCCACUCUGGAAUUUUGCAAAUUACCAGUGUCUGAAUUGUAAUACAUGUAGAUGAUUCAAAGUGGAAAAAGCACAGUGUAUUGUACAAGAAGAGCACUUGCUUCUUUAACACUCAAUCCACUCAAGUGUAUUUUGUGUAUUGUUCAAGCUACAUGUAGCAAUAUUCCGCCAUGAUGUAACUAACAUGUAAUUUAAAUUGACUGUUGUAAGGGAGACAACUCUAACAGGAGAUUGUUAUUUUACUACCCAGUCUCCUUCGAAAGCAAACCUAAUGAAUGCCUACAGUUCCUGAUAUGUAAGUUUAGGUAUGAAGGAUCAUAAGUACUGUAGACUUUCGGGGUACAAUCAGGUGUGAUGAUGUUGUAAAAAUAAUUUUUAUCUAUACUAUCAGCCUAUCACCUUCAUGUCUUGUUUCCUUUAAACUACUAGUUUAUGAUAUUCUACGUGUAAAUAAACACCAGCUUCGCUUUGCUAUACGGUCUAAAUUGUUAAUGUUUCGUAAAUAAUAGCCUUUAAACAUACAAAUGGGUAUUUACCUGUUAUGUUAUUCCUGAAUCAAAUAAGCUGUUGUUCAUUAGAAGUAGAAUUGAUAAUGUAUUGACUGUCAUUAAUGUGUGCAUGACCUGAUGUAUAGAAAAUAUGCACAUUUAAAGUGCUGUGAUUUGCUUUUGCCAAAAAGAUUUUUCAUUAAUUUUUGUUCUUAUUUAUGUCUAGUGUUGUCUCAGUAUGGCUUAAUCUCUUAUGCUCUUUUGUUAUUUGUUUAAAUAUUGAGUGAACUCCAUCCAUGUAUUACUGCUGAUGUAAGUUCACAUUACUUGCCUCUUUUUGCAUAAUACUGCUGAUUUUAUGAAUUGACAGUUAUUCUCAAUUCUUGUUAGAGGAUAUUUAAAGGUCUCAAGUUUUACUUUUUUUAAUUCAUGUCUAUUUUUACUUCAUAUUAGUGUACUCUUCAGAUACCUUUCACAUGCUUCUAUGCAUAUUAUACAUGUGCAAGGGACUUAUCUAUUUGCAUACAUUAGAAAAGGUGUGAUAUUUUUCAUCUUACUUGAGGCUGCUGAUGUCAACAAGUAUAAUUUGAUCUGCACAACAGCCAUAGUGUGUUGUGAUUCAUUCAGUAAUUAUAGUAUAGGAUUACCGGAUCUCAUCAGUACAUGUUUUAUUACAACAUUCCAUUAGAACAAUAUGAAUUGUUGCUGCAGCUCUGUUGAUACUCCAUCUGCAGUAGUCAUAUGGGUGUUCUCUGAACUGGUUUAAAGUCACUUGUGUAGCGCAGAGAGUGCAUUUGCUUUUCUUGUGUAAAUUAUUUUAUAAUUGAUAUUUGGGGUUACUUGAGGGGUUUUUGUCAGGUGGCCUUCCUUAUUUGUACAUAAUCUUUGAAAUCCAACCAUGCAUAUAUAUAUGUAU